ACUAAAGAGACAGAAGCGAAUAUAGUGUGUUAGUGAUUUUUUUCACGCACAUCUAAAAACUUUUCUCAAAAACUUUUUAAAUUAUUUAUAUAUAUUUAAUAAAAACUUUAGCAAUAUGCAGUUUUGGAGCAGUAGAAAAUGUCGCUGCUUAGCAAUAUUUAUGGUAAUUUACGUAUUUUAUAAUCCUACUGAUUCAGGAGCAGUGGAUAUGAAUAGUGAAAAUAUUGAUAUGACUUUAGCUUCGAAUGAAUUGGUUUUUCUCAACUUCUACGCCGAAUGGUGCCGAUUUAGUAAUCUCCUCGCGCCAAUAUUCAAUGAAGCUGCUGAUAAGGUGAAAGAGGCUUUUCCUGAAGCAGGUAAAGUAGUACUCGGAAGAGUUGAUUGUGAUCGCGAAACUUCGAUUGCAUCUCGUUUCCAUAUAACCAAAUACCCAACACUUAAGGUGAUACGUAAUGGCCAGCUGAGCAAGCGUGAAUAUCGUGGUCAACGGUCUGCGGAGGCGUUUUUGGAAUUUGUACGCAAACAGCUUGAGGAUCCCAUCAAGGAGUUCAAAUCAUUGAAAGAUUUGGAAAAUCUAGACUCGAGAAAACGUAUUAUUAUAGGUUAUUUCGAUCGUCGCGAUCAGCCGGAGUAUGAUACUUUCCGUAAGGUUGCUACAAAUUUGAAGGAGGAUUGUCAAUUCCAUGUCGGCUUCGGUGAUGCAGCUCAAGCUAUGCAUCCGCCUGCUGUGGACACUGACAGCGAUAUAAAGCGAGGUAAUGCGAUUUUCAAUUUUUCAUUAGGCAACCCGAUUAUUGUAUUCCGUCCCGAUGUUGCGCUCUCGCAUGAAAACGAUGAAACCUAUACCGGCAGCUUGAAAAACUUUGAUGAGCUGAAAAUUUGGGUGCAAGAAAAAUGUGUGCCCUUGGUGCGUGAAAUUACUUUCGAAAACGCAGAAGAGUUGACCGAAGAGGGAUUGCCAUUUUUGAUACUCUUCCACAAACCCGACGAUACCGAGGCAAUUAAGGACUACAAGGCGAUUAUCGAAACUCAAUUAUUGGAUGAAAAACAGAAUAUUAAUUUCCUUACCGCCGAUGGCCAACGAUUUGCACAUCCUCUACAUCAUUUGGGCAAAUCGGAGGAUGACUUGCCGUUGAUUGCUAUCGAUUCAUUCCGCCACAUGUACAUGUUCCCAAAGUUCGAAGAUAUGUAUCAGCCUGGUAAACUAAAGCAAUUUUUGCAAGAUUUGUACAGUGGAAAAUUGCACAGAGAAUUCCAUUAUGGACCCGAUCCAUCUGGCAAUGAAGUGCAAACCGAAGUUGUAAUGAAAAUUGGCAAAGGCACUUCACCGCCUGAAUCGAGUUUUAAGAAGUUGGGUCCAUCGAAAAACCGUUAUACAUUACUGCAUAAGGAUGAGCUGUAAAGCAUGUUAUUAGGCUAUAGGCUAAACCCUACACACUCAGAUACACACAUACACAAGCAUACACGUUCUGCAAACACAUACACAAGCAGGUACAUACCAAUGACAGUGCUGAAGUUUAAUACCAAUCAAACCAAUUCAAAUCAAACAAUCAAUCUCGUAUACAACAACAACAAUUAGAAAUAUGUAUGAAAUUUUUAAUAUUAAUGUUGCUGUUUUGUUGCUUUUUACUCGUAUUAAUUAUGCUUCAGAAAGAUGUUUUCUUCUUAUUCUUCAAACAAAACAAAAAAAUAACUUUCUGUUUUAUUUAAUUUUUCAUUAAUGAAAAGAUACAUAAAAAUGCAAUUGUGAUUAUAUAUUUUUUUGUAUUAAUUUUAAUAUAAAAAAAGAUAAACUAAGCUACUAAAAAAUAAGCGCUUGAUUUAUUUUCAUUGUAUGUAUGUAUUGCUAUGAAAUGACUUUCCUUAUUGUAUUACGAAUUGUCAAUUUGAAGAUUAACUUUAUUAUAAUCGGAGAUUGUAAAAAUAAUCAGAGGUUCUAUGAAUAAGUUUUUGUUUAAUUAGACAAUUAAUUGUGAGUGUUUGUUAGAAAUGGAAACACAUUUAUGCCGCGCCGCAAGCUUUGAAUAUAAUAUUGCGAUUUUUUUUUUUCAAUAUAUAAAAAUUAAAAUAAAAUUAUCAAUAAAUGAAUGAAAAGAUAAUCGAAAACCAA